AUGUCCGUGCUGGGGCCGCUGCCAGGAGGUGGCUGGGACAACCUGCGCAACGUCGAGCUGGGGCUGGUGCUCAGGAGAGACUAUUCGCAGUGCUUCACCACCGAGGACGGCGAGUACCUCAUCCCAGACCGCGUGCAGGUGGUCCCGCGGCGGGAGAGUAUAGUGGAGACCCGCGCGGAGCUCAUCGACCACUGGGUCAACUACACUGACACCUGGGCCGCCUCCAUCAACGCUGAGCUCUCCUUCCUCCCCGACCUCAAUGGUAAGUUCUCCGUGGACUGCCAGAACAUCCUCCAGGGCAUCUACUCUGUGAAGACCCCAGAGAACUCCGACUUCCAGCCCGACUUUCUGCGACAUCUGCUGACCCUCAGCGACCACCUGGAGAACAACCAGACCCGGGGGGCCGAAUACCUGGCGGAGAUGCUUGUGCUUAGGUACGGCACGCACGUUCUCACCGACGUGGAGGCCGGGGCUGCCUUGGUGCGGGAGGACCAGGUGAGGCGGGAGCUGGUGGACAGCGAAGCCCGAGACAAGAUCAACAUCACGUACGCCGCCUCGGCCUUGUUUUUCCACGCGGUCAACGCUGGGGACGGGCUUUCCUGGCAGGCGCAGAGCCGGCUUCUCCAGAACUACGUGCGGAACACGGUGGCCUCCAAGAUGCACAGCCACGGCGGCGUGCCCUUCUACCCGGGCAUCACCCUGCAGAAGUGGCAGGAGGGCAUCGGACGCCGGCUGCUGGCCAUCGGUAGGUCGGGCCCGCCCCUGCCGGUGCUGCUCCAGCCGGAGGCGCUGCCCGAGCUCCCCGCGCCCGCCGUGCGCCGCGCCAUCCACCGCUACUACGCGGUCAACACGCGUCCCGGAUGCUUGAAGCUUGGGGCUCCCACCUUCGACCCCCAGGCCAAUGUGGACGAUGGUUCUUGCGGAGGCCGCCGCCGCGCCAACUUCAGCUUCGGGGGUGUCUUCCAGGAAUGCGACGCCGUGUCCGGGCGGCACGCCGAUCACCUCUGCCGGGCCUAUCGCAUCCCCAACCCGCUCACCGGCAGAGCCUCUUGCCCGGCCAACUACACGGCCAGCGCCCUGGUCAGCGGGCUGAAGACGUGGAGCGAGGGCGGUCCUGAGUGCCAGCAGCGCUGCCGGAGGUGCUGGCUCUUCUUCCGAUGCUGCUGGACAGUGUGCGCCCCCCAUGAGCAUCGGAGCGCCGCGAGCCUGGCUGCCUCCUGGUGCGCGCCCUCGGGGCCCUCCCUGCCCGCCCCUGCGGGCCUCCUCUUUGGAGGCCUGUAUAGCCCUGGCAACCCAAACCCGCUCACUGGGUCCCAGGCCUGCCCCUCCCACUUCUACCCACUGACACUCUUUGGCGACCUCAAGGUCUGUGUGAGUAGCGACUCAGAGCUGGGUACAGCCCCGGCAGUCCCCUUUGGGGGUUUCUUCAGCUGCCAGGCGGGCAACCCCUUGGCUGGCCUUGUGAAGGGCCAGAGCCCUGGGCUCAUGAAGGAGGUGUUCUACCAGGACAGCCCCACGGAUUUCCCCAUGAAAUGCCCAGCAGGGUACAGCCAACACCAGGCUUACCUCAGCGAUGGCUGCCAAAUCCUCUACUGCCUCAGGGCUGGGGCCCUCUUGGACCAGGAGCAGGCAGCUGUUCGGAUGCCCCCAUUUAUUCCCUGCCUCACCGCCCCCCCGCCUCACCCUCCCCCCCCCCCCCCCCCCCGCCCCUUGCUCAACAGAAGCAGCGCCCACAGGCUCUCUGUCCUGGUUGACUCCAGUGGUCAGCGGGUCUGGGUGAGGCUGCAAGGCUCCGACCGCUGGCAGCAAGCCAAUAUUAAUGACCCAUCCCUGUCAGUCAAGCUUUUGAGCCAGGCUGGCUUGGGACCCAGCGUUGGGGCCAUUGUUGGCUCCUGGGUGGGUGCCAUGGUGGCCUUGGUGGCUCUUGCUCUGGGGGACCUGACCUACUUGUGGAUGAGGAAAUGA